AUGUUUGCCAAAAAGUUCAAGUUGAGUGACAAAGGACAAGAAGCAAGUUAUGCUGUGGCGGAGAUAGUUGCAAGAAAAAUGAAAUCUCAUACCAUCGCUGAAACUGUAAUUUCACCUGCAUGCCAGGAAAUAGUGAGGGUAAUGUUUGGAGAGGAUGCUGUAUCAGAGCUAAAUAAAAUUCCUCUUUCUGACAACACAAUACGUAGGCGCAUUCAAGACACAUCAGGAGACAUUGAGUGCAAUAUUAAGUCAAAAAUACUGAAACAUAAGUUGUUUGCACUUCAAGUUGAUGAGAGUACAGACAUCACUGGUAAAGCACAGCUCCUUGUAUUUGUUCGUUUUAUUAAUGAUGAAGCUAUUGUAGAAGACUUCCUGUGUUGCAAAGAGUUGCCAGAAACAAGAAAAGGACAAGAUGUAUUUGAUGUUUUCAAUUCAUAUUUAGAGUAUUGUGGAUCGAACUGGAAAAACUGUGUUGGUAUUUGUACAGAUGGUGCCCCUGCAAUGACAGGAUGUCUUAAAGGCUUUGUCCCAAUCGCACAAAAGCAAAAUCCAAAUACUAUCCAUACUCAUUGUUUCAUUCAUAGAGAAGCACUAGUUGCUAAAACUCUUGGACCUGAACUAAAAUCUGCAUUGAAUAUGGUAGUGAAAAUAGUUAAUCAUAUCAAGACGAGGCCACUUAAAUGUCGACAGUUUGCGAAACUUUGUGUGGGUAUGGAAACAGGCCAUUCCACCUUAAUCCAGCACACAGAAAUACGAUUGUUGUCAAGGGAAAAAGUAUUGUCUCGUUUUUACGAAUUAAGAGAAGUUAUUGACCUUUUGUUUGCAAGAAAACCUGAAAGACUUUGUAGAAUGUUUGAGUGA